CUGGUUUUAGUCUGCUGAUGUAGCUUCCCCAGUGCAUUUCGCGCAACACGCCACGAAUAUAUUUUCAAAAUAUAUACCUUUAAAAGGUGGUAGCAACAAGUUGAUUCUCUCCUUCUCAUACCGGAAGCGUCCUCAUUAGUGUGUUGGUGUAAAUUCCCAUAUUAUCAUGGAUGAUUUCUUUCGGGAACUGAGGGAAACGUUAAACAGUGUCCAAACAUAGGUACCACCUAAGUGAAAAUUGGUUCAGUGCAAAAUGAAAAUUCGGCAAACUGUGAAGCAAAAUAUGAUAAGUUUAAAUAUUAUCCAGUUUGCAAGUGAAGUUCAGUGAAAUCGUUGCAAAAUCGAGUGUUUGUGAAAAAGACAGCAUAAUUAGCAUCAAGUGAGAAUACAAAGAACUAUCAUUAUCUACCGGAUAUAUCCAAUAUCUAAAAGGACCGGAGUGAAACACCAUAACAGUCAAGAUAUCGUUCCGCAGUAAAUCUACUUCCAAGGAAUCAUCCGGCAUGAAAACGGACGAUAAAGCGAACGUGCCGAGAGUGCGGAUAGCGGUUCUUGGGAACAUGAAUGUCGGAAAGUCAGCCCUCACCGUGCGAUACCUGACACGGAGGUUCAUUGGCGAAUACCGCUCCAACACGGACCUGCUCUACAAACAGACGGUGACCCUUGAUAGCGGUGUGCUCGAUGUGGAGAUAGUGGACAUCUCGGCUGAGAACGAAAAUGAUUUCCCCAUAGAGCAGAUCCAGUGGGCGGACGCAUGUCUCAUCGUGUACAGCAUCACGGACCGGGCCAGCUACGAAUAUGCUCAGCGGUCAUUGGCCGAACUGCGGCAACUGCAAAAUUCACCCUCGGCCUAUCUGAUCGGGAACAAGGCUGAUCUGGACCACUUGCGAGAGGUUCAAGAAACGGAAGGCGCUACUCUAGCCGCCUCUCAUGCAAUUGGCUUCUGCGAAGUAUCAGUCGCUGACAAUUCCCCUGCCUUGUACAAAGCAUUCGAACGACUGCUAGCCGAAUCCAGGGCUCGUCCUGUCAAGCCCAGGAAGUUUUCCGUUAGCAAAAUGUUCGGAACCCUCAUCGGCAACAAUGGCGCCCGGCAACCUUCGACGGCGGUUAGCCAAGGUACGGUGGUACCGUGCCAUAAGGGUGAACUGCACAAAACGCGGGUGAUGAAACGGCGACAAGCAUUCACUGCGACUGCUUCGCUAUGACCGACAUCGACAACGACCGAGGAAAGCAGUUAAAUUGAUAUUUUUCAUUCGCCCUGCUCCCGAAAAUACGAUAGUGCGACGUACUCGACGGCAUCUCUGACUCGUAGCUGCAGCAUCCAUCGGAGUAUCGACAGCAUAGAUCUUCAUUGACUGACUACGUUAUAUUGGUGCAUUCGGCGUUGGAAUUCGGUUUAACGUGACAAUCGAGAGAACCGGACUCAUCACCAGAGGGAAAUUAAUGCAAAUGUGAUUUAAAUUUAGCAUUCUCUACACGACCAAGAAACAUCACACGGACUAAAACACAAAUCGCACACGAUAACAUAUACUCACGUGUCCAACUAGACGGAAUCACAGAAUUUCUUACUUGUAUGUACCACUUUAUCGUUUUAGAUAGAGUGAUCAGUAGAUAACCAGUUAACGUGUAUGAUGAUGAUUACGUGUUUCAUAUUUUUAGCAAGAGAUCUGAUUGAAAAAAAUCUGUUAAAUUUAGUUAAAAUCGUUCAGCUAGCUUCUUCCUGUGGAGGCAUGUGGAAGACCUAUCCUGAUAGACACUCCACUAAGCCAGCGGGAAUUUUCCACAGUCAUUAAAAAUACCGAUGUUCCACCUUGCGCUUCUUAUCUAGUAAUAAUGACUGAACGCAUCCCCGGUGGGCAUCGUUUCGUGCUUUGUUUGUCUUCCGGUUAAUUGAUAGUUGUUUUGCUGCCAGUGAACGCCGGCCGACCGACACACCUCUUCUUCGAGCACGUUUGAUUGGUGGUUGGUUCCCAGUCAGUGGAAAAUUUUCCCUCUAGUUGUCGCCCGUGUCGCGACGGUUUGAGGUUUGAGGUAUUUAAGCAAAUCUCAGCAUUCAUCGAGCGCAUCCUUCGUUUGCCGAUCAUACCGGUGGAAAGUGGAUUCAACGCUGUAAAUAAGUGCAGCAUGUGUUGCUUUCCCGUAUGCGCCGCCAUUCGACGGGGUGUGCACGAACUUAUGGAUAACCAAUCAUUUUAUAAUAGGCAGCAUUGUGGGAGGACUCCCAGACCUCCUGGCUGAUUUCUAUAACAUUUUCGUCAAAAUUGCAAAAGUACUCUCAGGAAAGUAGUAAUCCCCAAACAAUAGUCAAUUAAAUAAUUCAAUCGUGUGCACGCGCUUCUAAUCUCUCCUGACUUCGAAGACAAACAGGUCUUACCAUAAACUGAGCCAAGUUUGAGCAUACACACAUGGUUGUGAAAACACGCAACGGUGCCUUAUUGAUUUUCAUGGAUUGAAUUACUUUUUGCUCCGCUGGAACGUGUUUAGCUACUGUAUUAAAUGUUCGGUAGAUGGUUGCGGAGUGUUAUAAAAAGUAAAUACAAUAAAUAAGGUUAUGUGUUUCGUUCGAGCAUUGCUAUUGCGUUUUGCCUUACGUCGCGAUUUGAUUUCUGCGACUAUUUGCGCCUAUAAUUCAAUUAAAACACUUCCACAAAAUAAUUCUUCGUAUAGUGGAUGACGCAUUUGGUAAGCAAGACUGCCUACAUGGAACUCAUUGGACUCUUUCACACUGAGGUUUUUUCCCGAAUGUCCGCAUUUUUUUCCAAAUCCCAGCAAAACUGUCGAGAGUACAGCAAACUAUGAAACCACGAAAAUUCUCGAUAUAUUUCUAAUCUGAUAAUUUUAUAGGUACUGUGCGCGUAAUACAUUACUGAUAUUUUCUUCGUUUUUUUGGAAGUAUCGGUAGUCAUGCAUAUGAGUUAUCAAUUUAAUGAUUUACACAAAAGUAUGAAAGAAGCUUUGAUUUCGUAGGAAAAGUAGGAAAAACAGUUUGGUUCCUUGAAAAGUAACUGUUACCAUUCUCAAGCUCGUCAGGUUUAAUAAACAUUUGGACGAUGGAAAAUCAGGAUUGGGCUACAACAAAAAUAAAGGUUCAAUAACACAUAUUGGAAUCCAAUAGAUAACACCUUACCAUCGUUCCUAACAGUACGAUACGUAUUGGUAUAUUCGGAUGCAGUUUUAAGCUGCAUCUGAUCCCACAUGCAAGCAAUACCACUGACAUUUAGCACAUUCCAUUUCAAAAACUGCACUUGUUAACGUCACAGUUUUGAGCUGAAGCAGAAUGAUUACUUCGAUGAUUUACCGAACUGAGGUAAAUUGAUAUUUAUGAUGAUAUUAAUUUACUGAGGUCGAUAAACUGACCGAUUGCUUGUAACCACGGUAUUGAACAACCCCGUAUACCGGUAUAACUCUUUGAAUAACCGAGAAUUCAGAAAUAAUCAAAUGAAUAUUUCGGUAAAUUCUAUUAUUGCCGAAAUUUUAGUGAUAUUUCGUUCUACCGUACUAUUUUUCCGAGAUCGAAAUUAAGCUUAAAGUGGUUUGACUAUUGAAGUUAUUAAUAUUUACAAUGUGACAUGCAUUGGAAAAUUUAAGAAAAUUUUGCCAUUUAUUAGAAUGACGAAAUGGCAGAAAUUUAGGCAUACGAGAUUUUGCAUAGAUACUUAGGCUGUGGACCAUUUCGCAAAUAAUUUUAACUUCUGAUUAGAAUCUGACAGUCGAGUAGUUUCUUACCCCAUUGUCCAAAACAACCCUGCACGAGAAAUGUUUUGGUUCGAUUUGCGGUAAUUGAACUGCGAAUAAGCCACAACAAAAUUUGUAUUAAAUUUCCCAACGAAAGUGUCAGUAAAAUCAGAAGUUGCGGUAUUUCAAUAAUCUUGAUUCACAAGCACUGAACAACAGAUUAAAAUAGUUAUCGUGAAAAUAUGUAUUUUACAUUAUAAAAAAUACAUCUUUCAGAGAGGAGACUUAUAACCAUUUUGGAAAACUUUAGACGGUGAUGUGAAAUUCGUUCACUUUUAAAAUUUCCCUUAUUUCACUCGUAGACUUAACGGGGAAGCAUCUAAUAGAAACAUGUGAGUUCUCAGUUUUGUCAUAUAGCUUUCAACAUGACUCGUGACAAACCUAAUAAAAGUGCCUUGAGUUUUCACACGAGUAGAACAGUUAGUAGAAUUUAUUCACAAUUGCACUUUUUAGUCAUUAUUUAAAUGGUAAAUAAAAAAAGUAUUUGGAAAAAACUUGUUUAAUUUGAACAUCAAUUCAGCAUUGCAGAUCUCUUGCGGGAAAUAACAAAAUUGUCAAAUAUUUAAUUUUGAUCCGUAAUUUUUAAACCACUUUUCUCUCCACACAAAAUCAAAAUAUGCUUACUUAUAGCUUACUCAAAUAAAUAGCUGUGGAUAUGAUGGGAAAAACUUUAGGAUAAACUAAAUACUCCCAGUAUUUAAUGCUCAAUAGAUCGUAACACCUGAGAGCUACAUGUAAAAUGUACCACUCGUAUAAUAAUUAACUAAAACCUAAUCAAAUCGUUUGGUCUCAAUUUUUGGUGGAAUUUUCAUCCGCUACAAAAUAAUUGAUUUUGCAGCUAUUCGAGUAACAAAAAUAGUCAAAUAUCAAAUAAGGCUGUGAGUACAAAUAAGUCCAAUUUUGUGUGCACGAAGUCGAUUGAAUACAGUAAAACCAACUAUUUGUACGAUUUAAUAACUCAACGAUCUACAAAACAGCCUAAGAUGUAUGGUGUUACAUGUUCGUAUAUUAACUUUUCAACAUCAGAAUUUUCUUUCCAAGAAAUCUAGGGAUUGUCGAGCUACAUUUUGAGAUACAAUUUACAUUUCAAUUAGGCGUUUACAGUGAAAAUUAGUCAAACAAAAAACAAAUUUUUAAAUAGUAGAUUUCAAGGGAAGAAUUUCAUACAUAUUUUUUAUUUAAAUUAGGUAAUAGCUAUAGGCUGAAUCAAACAACAGUUUUUGGAUUAUUCCGCAACAUGAAAUAUUACUGAAUUAAAGGCCCACACUCUACAUCGUAUUAUUAGGAAUAAUUACUUUUUAAGCAUUACAGUGUAAAGGAAUA